AGGGUCAGAGCAAACAUGGCCAACCCAACUCCCACUAACAGCAUUGUGCCUGCCAACGAAAGCUCUACCUCACUAGACGACUGUACCGACACAUCGCUUCAUGUCCCGCUAGCGGUGGUCUACUCCGUGAUCUGCACUCUGGGUUUUCCUGGAAACAUGGUGGCUCUGUGGGUCUUCUUUUCGGUUAAAAAGAAGAAGAACUCUAUUCACGUGUUUCUCAUCAACCUCGUUUUUGCCGACCUGCUGUUGGUUAUCUGUCUGCCAUUUCGUAUUUUCUAUCACACCCAUAAUGGCACCUGGAAUAUGCAUCCUACCCUGUGUAGAAUAGUAAGCUGCCUCUUCUACACAAACAUGUAUAUCAGCAUCAUCCUGCUGGGACUGAUCAGCGUGAAUCGCUACUUAAAGAUCAAUUGCAGCGUAGGGAUGCAGCGAUGGCUUUUUUCCCCAAACUCAACCCGUAUUGUCUGUGCUGUUGUCUGGUUUGGUGUCUCAGCUUUGACGUUCUCUACCUACAUGUGGAAACCGCCAGACCCAGAUAAUAGGUGUUUCCACUACAAGAAGCUCCUAGAUGCAAAGUGGAGAGCCUACAUCAACAUGUUGGGGCUGGUAAUCUUCUGGAUUGUAUUCAUAGCUCUGAUGGUAUCUUAUGGGAAGAUCGCCCUGAAGCUCCUGAAGAAAUCAAAAGAGAGACCAGAAAUGCCCAACGCACCUCACUACGCUCGAAGCGCCAAGAAGUCCUUCUUCAUCCUCUUCGUCUUCACCUUCUGUUUCGUCCCUUAUCACAUGUUCAGAAUCGUCUACAUUGUGACACAGAUCACAGAAAGCUCCUGUUUCUUGAUUUACUUGGCAGACAAAACCAACGAGGUGGCGUUGUUAUUUAUUGCCUCCAACAGCUGCCUGGACCCCAUCAUAUAUUUCCUGUUAUCCUCCUCAGUGAGAAAGGAGAUGCUGCACAUAGUGAAACGAGUGUUUUGUGUGCAUAAUGUUGCCAUCAGUGAGAGCACCACCUCCUAUGAGAACCAUGAGAUAAUUAGACUAGAAGAGUACCGUUAAACAUGAAAAUUUAAUCAGCGUGACAGUAUAUUCCAAUGAGAUUUCCCUCGUCUUACAU